AUGUAUUCCACUACAACCAGGCGACCAUACUACCCCAGCCUGUACACUGGUGGGACACGAAUGUAUUCCACUACAACCAGGCGACCAUACUACCCCAGCCUGUACACUGGUGGGACACGAAUGUAUUCCACUACAACCAGGCGACCAUACUACCCCAGCCUGUACACUGGUGGGACACGAAUGUAUUCCACUACAACCAGGCGACCAUACUACCCCAGCCUGUACACUGGUGGGACACGAAUGUAUUCCACUACAACCAGGCGACCAUACUACCCCAGCCUGUACACUGGUGGGACACGAAUGUAUUCCACUACAACCAGGCGACCAUACUACCCCAGCCUGUACACUGGUGGGACACGAAUGUAUUCCACUACAACCAGGCGACCAUACUACCCCAGCCUGUACACUGGUGGGACACGAAUGUAUUCCACUACAACCAGGCGACCAUACUACGCCAGCCUGUACACUGGUGGGACACGAAUGUAUUCCACUACAACCAGGCGACCAUACUACGCCAGCCUGUACACUGGUGGGACACGAAUGUAUUCCACUACAACCAGGCGACCAUACUACGCCAGCCUGUACACUGGUGGGACACGAAUGUAUUCCACUACAACCAGGCGACCAUACUACCCCAGCCUGUACACUGGUGGGACACGAAUGUAUUCCACUACAACCAGGCGACCAUACUACCCCAGCCUGUACACAGCGUGA